UUUAUUUUAUUGUCUGUGCUCAAUCUGAAGAAAAAAAAAGAACUAUGUAUUUUUUAUUUCCAGUUACUUUAAAGUCCCACUAAGGAUUUUUAAUGAAUAAAACAAAUGAAAUGUAGAGAAUAAACUCUAAACUAACAGAAUAAAAUAAAUAUCCAGUGUUACUUCUUAUUUUAGUUAAUCUAAUUUUUUUUUUUUUAAAUACAGUACUUUAAACCAGUCUUUCUGAGACCCUCCUUUUCUUCACAUCUCCUCCAAUAAGACUCGCGGCAUUAUGUAAUCUAAUCUAAUUGGUUGAGAAAAAGUUGGAGGGGGUGGUUCCUGCAGCGAUUUUUCGGGAGUAAAGCAACAUCUGGUCAACUUCGUUAUUUCAUCGAGACAAGAGCUCAAGACAAGAUCUUCCUCCGAGGUACCGAGGUACAUUCUGAAUUGUAUUUUUUUUAAAUCUUUUUUUUUAUUUUUAUUUUUUCUGUUAUCAUUUUUUUUUUUAUCAACAAUAAUGUCGCUGCUUUCUGAUUCUCAGGAGUACAAUGCGAUAUUCAGCAAACCCACCGCAGAGGAACUGGAUGGUUUUGUCCUAACACAGUCUAACUACGAUUUCAAGGAAAAUCUGAUUAUUAGCGAGGAUGGGAAAAGCAGCCGUCCCAGAAGUCGCUUGUCUCUGAGUAGAACAAAAAAAGCUCGGUCUCUAAAUCCCGCCGAUCAGACAGACACACCAUCCAACGCUAAGCCUGAAGCUCCCAAUAGCAUAAGGCUAAACUCUGCAACGGUCCUUCCUGCCGCCGCGGGAGAAGAAGAAGAAAAAGAGGGGGAUGACCCUGAUGCCACUUUUAUCGAACCCGUAUCCAGCUCUGCACCGGCAGGCCCUGACGACGCUUCUCUUGCUCCAGUAACUAGCAACCCGCCCGGAUACAAAGCGCCGCCUCCAGUGAUCAUUAUUUCUGACUCGGAGGACGAGUUUCAGGAUGAUAAACGCGCCAUUCGACCGGCUGUAGCUAAGAAACCAGCUCCUGUAUCCAGCUCUGCACCGAAAAAAAAACAGCCUGCCGCUUCUCGUGCUCCAGUAACUAGCAACCCGCCCGGAUACAAACCGGCGCCUCCGCUGAGGAUUAUUUCUGACUCAGAGGACGAGUUUCAAGACGAUAAACGCGCCAUUCGACCGGGUCUAGCUACUCUACAAGCGGUUCCUCCUCCUUCUCCUCCUGCUGCGAGAGCGCCAUCCAGUCCUAGUGGCCAUCGUCGUCCUGCUGUGAGUGCGCCAUCCAGUCCUCCUGCUGCGAGAGCGCCAUCCAGUCCUAGUGGCCAUCGUCCUCCUGCUGUGAGUGCGCCAUCCAGUCCUCCUGCUGUGAGUGCGCCAUCCAGUCCUCCUGCUGUGAGUGCGCCAUCCAGUCCUCCUGCUGCGAGAGCGCCAUCCAGUCCUAGUGGCCAUCGUCGUCCCGCUGCGAGUGCGCCAUCCAGUCCUCCUGCUGUGAGUGCGCCAUCCAGUCCUAGUGCCCAUCGUCCUCCUGCUGUGAGAGCGCGGCCUGACUUCCCGCUUCCUCCCGCUGCGAAAGCGCGACCCAGGGCUGUCUACCCUCCUCCCGCUGCGAAAGCGCGACCCUGGGUUGUCUUCCCUCCUCCUCCUCCUCCUCCUCCUGCUGCGAGACUGCGACCCAGUCCUACAGCCAGUCGUCCUCCUGCGACGAAAGCGCGACCCAGUCCUGCUACCCGUCCUGUUAGACCGUGGGGUCCUCUUAAUACUCCCGCUGCGCUUGCGCAGCGCAAUUCCGAGCUCCAUCCUCGUCGUCGUCGUCGAGGGUUGAAUGUUCCCGCAUUGCGUGACCGGGACAGGUGUGCUCUUGCUGAUGAAUUAAUUACAGAGGCUUUGCUCUUCAUGAAUAGGAUCCCUGCCCGAGGCCAGGUCCUUAUCAGAAGCGGUAGUGGAAGAAGAAUUCCGAGACGUCAUUUGGACCGGAUUAAUAAAGCGAGAGCUACAACGCUUCUUGAAGCAAGCCAGAUUCUGAUACGUCUGUUUCCUACAAUGUUGAGGUGA